GUCGUGUGUGACGUCACGUGACGUCCAUUUGUGGACAGAAAUGGCGUUUGUUUUGGUUUUGAAGAAAGCGUUCAAAAAGCGGAGAAAAGCGUCGCUUCUCGUCGUCUGUGUCGUCGUCUCCGCUCUUUUGCUUGUCGUCCAUCACUUCAAUGCUUCUCAAACGCAUUCCACUCAUCGCAAACCCCUCACCGCCCGACUCGCCGCCGCCGCCACUGACAGCCGGUCGCCGCCGCCCGUCCGUAGUCCCGAUGACGCGCCUCCGUCGGGCCCCUUCACGCCGCCCCUGCGUCUCGUGCACCUCGACCUGAAGGGCGCGCCACCGCUCCCGCGCUUCUACGCGCAGCUGUUCCCUCUGUUGGCCGCUUUGGGCGCAAACGCGCUGCUCGUCGAGUACGAAGACAUGUUCCCGUUCGACGGACUGGUGGGCGGAGUGCGCGCUCACAACGCCUACUCGCAGGACGACGUGCGCCUAUUGGUGGAGACGGCGACCAAACACUCGCUCGAAGUGAUUCCAUUGGUGCAGACGUUCGGUCACUUGGAGUUUGUGCUCAAACUCGAGCCCUUCUCCUAUUUGAGAGAAGUCUCGAGUCUGCCACAAGCGCUC